CGCACAAUGCACAUGUCACGGCAGCUGGAGCCGGGGAAGGAGGACCCCUGCUGGCCACACACGGGCAGCGCCGCUCACACCUGCGACUCCUGGGCGUGGAGUGCGAACCCCCGCGCAUGCGCAGAGCAGCCCGACUGUCCCCAGUGCUGCUUCCUAACUCACCUGUGUCCUCUUCCCGGCUCCCUGCGCUCCCAGCCAUGGUCAACUACAGGUUCCUGUCCGCAACUUCCCUGAAGGUGAUAGGCCUGGUAUGUGCCUCCGUGUGCGCCUGGUACAUGGGGUAUCUCUUUGCAGAGAUACUACCUGAAGAUUCCUUGCAGACUGCUAUUGGAAGCAUUCAGCAGAUAGGCGCCAGGCCAGUUAUCAGAGCCCCCAAACCUGUGAGACAAAAGUGUGCAGUUUGGAGAACCUGCUCCUCCACGGAGAUUGUGUAUCGGAUACGAAGUGGCGCCGGGAAGAAUGUUUUACCCGAAUUCUGCAUGGAUGAUAAGAUAUUACUAGGUGGAAGUUUACAGACCGGCAAUAGAGGAAUAAACUUUGUUAUUGUCAAUUAUAAGACCCUGCAAGUUACAGACACAAAGACAUUUGACAUGUACGAAGGAGAUUUCUCUGGAGCAAUGGUUGACUUUAUCAGCAAGAUCCCAGAUGGUUCCAUUAUCUUGGUUGCCAGCCAUGACGAUUCAUCUACCAAGUUAAGCGAUGCUGCUAAAAAGGCCAUUGAAGGCUUGGGUAGUAAAGAAGUUCGCAACUUGAAAUUCCGGUCGCAGUUGGUUUUCUUGGGUAUCAAAGGUGGUUCCGUCCCUGCAGAUAUUGAAAGAGAAAAGAUCAUCCACUCGGACAAUUCCAGGAACCGAUACAGUGGCUGGCCGGCGGAAAUCCAGAUCGAUGGAUGUCUACCGAAAAAAUUAGAUUGAAGCUGAUCAUACUUUUGCCAAUUGUUUAUAGACAAAUGACUGGAUAAACCAGGGAGGAAAACCAAUGAGAUCUGUGAAGACUUGGCUCAGCCAGGUCCAAUUAUUUUUGUAUAUUAAUUCCACUGAUGAAGAAAAAACUGUCUUAAAUUUUUCUGACAUCCGGGAUGUUGCGAUAGUACAUCUAACUUUCUAAUUCCUCUGGUAUUUAGUACAAUACGCAGGUUUCACCAAUAUUUUAGGAGUGUUUAGGAGUUUGUAUGUUUAUAUGUACAUUUUUUGAAGAUGUUCUUCAGACUGACUAGAUAUUGGGCCUACAAGCUACGUUGGGCUUUUUUUAAAUUGGAAACUGUCAGUGGAACGUCAAUCAGGUGACUAAUCGCUAAACUGUUCACUACAUAAGUAAUACGCUGGUGAUGUCACAUGAAAAUCACGCCAUUGUUUCUUUAAACGUAGACCCCAGCGGUCUAAUUGUCCAAGGCGGUCAAUAUAAACUCUUUGAUUGAAAGCCUGUCCACCACGUCCAUAACUCUUUCCAGCAUUAACUUACCCCGGGCCCUCUGCAUACGGGUAUUAUAUAAAAUACUUGCCAACGUAAAAGCUGGUUAGAAUUUUUCUUAAGUUUGCUGAAAAAUACAAAAUAAACAUUCAGUUUUUAUUUUAUUCCCGGGGAAGACGGAGAUGUCAGAUGUUCUGCACAUGAUGCUUCAUUUAAACAGAUACAUUGCAGAAGCAGAAUUUAACAGUGGAUUAGACCCAAACGGCUCACUUUAAAAGACAGGCUUGGGGUAGAGCAAUGAUCUUAUAGGGUGGUACAGGUGUUAUCGCUGCAUCAGAGCACUUGGGUCAUGGGUUCGAUUCCGAGCAGGGCUCGGUCCAAGGGUUGGUAAAUCUCCCCCGGAGACUUGUCCAGAAGGCACAUAUGAAGAUUCUCCUUUGUGACUGUGGCUUGUAGCAAUCUCAUAUACAACUCACAUUCUCCCUAUAGUAUAGUAGCUGUUCUAAUGUGAACAGGUAGCAGUUGAUUUACAGACGGUCAAAAUACCGACAUUAUGCCGACAUGUUCAAAAUGCCAACAUACCGACAUUUGAAAAGCGAACAUGUCAAAAUACAGACGUGCGUUUUUAAGGUAGUUUUGCUCCAAAACAGACUUGUUUAUACGUUACCAUCCCAGUGGACCUAGAGGGGGAAUGUAAUAGUGUGCCGAGUGCAGCGAGAGGACCUAUGUCGACAUUGACACAAACCCCCCCCCCAGAAAAACUCAUGUCAGUAUUUUCACAUGUCGGCAUAUCAGAUGUCUGUAUUCUGACUAUGUCAGCAUUUUUAACAUGUCGAAUUAAUGAAUGUCAGUAUUUUGACCGUGUCAAUAUUAUGACUGAAGGUCAAUGGCUGUCGGUAUUUGUGUCCGUCGGUAAACCAUACUGAACCCAUGUGAACUUCCAUUACCAUAACUUGCCCUUUCUUAAUAAAGGAAAAACAGUAUUUUAAGUGAAAGGUCUAUUUUCCUGAAUUUUGAUUAGGUUUAUUUAUUUGCUGAGCACCUUGUAUAACAGGGACAGCUGGUGAAAUUUGUACUUUUCUCUCUUUGGGGUCUACUGUAUGUCAUACCUAGUCAAUCUGUCGGUGACGGGGCAUGCUGUGGAUUGUAGUUCUACAGCAGUGGAUUUACGAUUUAACGUCCUCUUAUCUAUGCGGUUGGGCUUUCUGUUAGUAGAACAGUACUGUGACAGCGUUGAGAUGUGAGGUCCAGUAACUGCAGUAUUCAGACAUUUAUUUAAAAAAAUAAAAUAAAUAAAUCAUUCAA